AUGGGUGAAUCAAUCAACUCAUUUAGCAGUCAACAAUCUCGUUCAUUUGGCGCUCACUGCCAGACUACCUCAGUCCCAAUCCCAAUCUCAUCUCACUUCCUCCCCAACGCACCGUCUCACCGUCACCAAAUACCACCAUCGUCCUCGUUCAUAGCGCCGCCACGCAGGAGGUUGCUCGCCGCUGACGUUCCUCGGUCGUGCUAUUCUCUUCCUCGUCGCUCUCGUCUCUUACUCGGUCACGCCCCUCGCUUCCUAUCGCUCGCCUCUUCGUCGUUUCACCAAUCUCCUGUUCAUCGUCUCUGUUCCAGUGUUCCUCUGUUCUUCUGCCAUUUACCUCGAUUCAAGCCAUAUGGGUCAUCCAAUUUCCACUCAAAGCUUCAUUGCCAAAGACCCCACUUGGUUAGAGCCAUGGUUUCUGAUUCCAACACUUCAAGGAAGCAAGUAGAGAUUGAGUAUGACCCUGAGGGAAGGAUAAACAAAUUAGCAGAUGAAGUGGACAAAGAUGCUCCAUUUUCAAGACUUACUUUAUUCUCUCCAUGCAAGAUAAAUAUUUUCUUGAGAAUAACCAACAAAAGGGAAGAUGGGUAUCAUGAUUUGGCUUCCCUGUUCCAUGUGAUAAGUCUAGGUGAUAUAAUCAAGUUCUCUUUGUCACCAUCAAAAACUACGGACCGUCUCUCGACCAAUGUGUCUGGGGUGCCCCUUGAUGAUAGAAAUUUGAUUAUUAAGGCGCUCAAUCUUUACAGGAAGAAAACGGGAAGUGAUAAGUUCUUCUGGAUUCAUCUUGAUAAGCGGGUACCCACAGGGGCUGGGCUUGGAGGUGGAAGUAGCAAUGCUGCAACUGCAUUAUGGGCAGCGAAUCAGUUCAGCGGUUGUCUUGCCACUGAGGAGGAACUCCAAGAAUGGUCGAGUGAGAUUGGUUCGGAUAUUCCUUUCUUUUUCUCUCAAGGAGCAGCCUAUUGCAGCGGUCGAGGUGAGAUAGUUCAGAAUAUAGCUCCACCACUAUCUUUGGACAUUCCAAUGGUUCUCAUAAAGCCCCAAGAGGCCUGUUCAACUGCAGAAGUCUACAAGCGGCUACGGUUGGACCAGACCAGUAAUGUUGAUCCUUUAACAUUGCUAGAGAAUAUUAAAAGGAAUGGGAUAUCACAAGAUGUUUGUAUCAAUGAUUUAGAAAUUCCUGCUUUUGAAGUUCUCCCAUCUCUCAAGCGAUUGAAACAGCGGAUCAUUGCAGCUAGCCGUGGAGAACAUGAUGCUGUUUUUAUGUCAGGAAGUGGAAGCACUAUUGUCGGUGUUGGUUCAGCUGAUCCUCCACAAUUUGUUUAUGAUGAUGAUGAAUACAAGGAUGUCUUCUUGUCAGAAGCUUAUUUUCUCACACGAGAAGCAAACGAAUGGUACCAAGAGCCCUCUUCAAGUCCUGCCGCCUCUCCUUGUGUUUCCGAAACUGUUUAAGCUGUAUUUUCCGUAAGAUAAUAAGAUGGUACAAUGUUGUGUUAUGAUCUCAUUUUUCAUGGAAUAAAAAUAAUGUAAGCCUAGAAUAAAAUUUAAAUAUACAUUUAUUAAGGUGUUAUUUUCUUUAAUUGGCUAUAAUAUUAAGACAUGAGUUAACAUACUUAAUAUUAAAAUAGCUUUUUAGAAAUGUUUGUAACUAAGACCAACCAAAUGGUCACAUGCUCUUUUUAAUCUUUUAUCACUAGUUCAUUCUUUUUUUUUCUUA